UGCGCAGUUGUCGGUGGAUCCACAGCGACGCCAGCUUCAGCCGGGGGACAUUGAAUGACUUUGUGUCCGUGUGCGGUGGGCUAAAGAAACUUGCCUCUUCGUGACAGGUGGUGAUUCGUAUCGGAGCUGAUGGAGCCCCUCAUACCUGUCAUCAACAAGCUGCAGGAUGUGUUCAACACGGUCGGCGCGGAUAUUAUCCAACUGCCGCAGAUAGUUGUUGUGGGAACUCAGAGCAGUGGGAAGAGCUCGGUUCUAGAGAGCCUGGUUGGUCGGGACCUCCUGCCACGCGGCACUGGCAUCGUCACACGCCGGCCCCUCAUCCUACAGCUAGUGCACAUCGAUCCAGAUGACCGCAGGAAAAGCAAUGAAGAGAAUGAAUCCAAGAAAAAUGGACGCCUUUACAGAGGCAUCGAUGGAGAGGAAUGGGGCAAAUUCCUACACACAAAAAACAAGAUCUACAUAAAUUUUGAGGACAUCAGGCAAGAAAUUGAAACAGAAACUGAAAGAAUUUCUGGCACUAACAAGGGUAUUAGUGAUGAACCAAUUCACCUGAAAAUCUUCUCACCACAUGUCGUGAACCUCACUUUGGUGGAUCUUCCUGGCAUUACAAAGCUGCCUGUGGGAGACCAGCCCAAAGACAUCGAGCUCCAGAUCAGAGAACUGAUCGUCAAAUACAUCUCCAACCCCAACUCCAUCAUCCUGGCUGUGACUGCUGCCAACACAGACAUGGCGACCUCAGAGGCCCUCAAGGUGGCCCGCGAGGUCGACCCUGAUGGUAGGAGGACGUUAGCUGUAGUGACCAAGUUGGAUCUGAUGGACGCCGGUACAGAUGCCAUGGACAUAUUGAUGGGCAGAGUCAUUCCUGUCAAACUGGGCAUCGUCGGAGUGGUCAACAGGAGUCAGCUAGAUAUUAAUCAAAAGAAGCCCGUGGCAGAUGCCAUCCGUGAUGAAUACGUCUUCUUACAAAAGAAGUACCCCUCCCUCACAAACAGAAAUGGAACUAAAUAUCUUGCCAGAACGUUGAACAGGUUACUGAUGCACCACAUCAGAGACUGUCUUCCUGAGCUGAAGACGAGGAUCAAUGUGCUGGCAGCCCAGUACCAGUCUUUACUCAACAGCUAUGGGGAACCUGUCGAUGACCAGAGCUCCAUGCUGCUGCAGCUCAUCACCAAGUUUGCUGCAGAGUACUGCCACACCAUCGAGGGCACGGCCAAGUACAUCGAGACAGCAGAACUAUGCGGUGGAGCAAGAAUCUGUUAUAUAUUUCAUGAGACGUUCGGUCGCACAUUGGAGUCUGUAGACCCUCUGGGCGGCCUGACAACCAUCGAUGUGCUCACAGCUAUCAGAAAUGCGACGGGCCCGAGGCCUGCUUUAUUCGUGCCUGAGGUUUCAUUUGAGCUGCUGGUGAAGCGGCAGGUCAAGCGUCUGGAGGAGCCCAGUCUUCGCUGUGUGGAGCUGGUUCACGAGGAGAUGCAAAGGAUCAUCCAACACUGCAGCAACUACAGCACACAGGAGUUGCUGAGGUUCCCGAAGCUCCACGAUGCCAUAGUGGAAGUGGUCACCUCAUUACUUAGAAAGAGACUCCCGGUCACCAAUGAGAUGGUUCAUAACCUUGUUGCCAUUGAACUGGCCUAUAUCAACACAAAACACCCCGACUUUGCUGAUGCCUGCGGUCUCAUGAACAACAACAUAGAGGAGCAGAGACGCAACAGAAUGCGAGACCUGCCCUCUGCUGUCCCCAGAGACAAGGCAGCAGCCAGCGGCUCUCAGAGUGGUAGUGUUGGCGACCAGACAGACAGUGGGAUGGGGAACUGGAGGGGCAUGUUGAAGAGGGGAGAGGAGGGUGCGGCUGGCGACAGGUCCAUGGCCCUAAAUCCACUUUGUGCAAGCCCACAGAAGGGCCACGCUAUCAACCUCCUAGAUGUGCCUGUUCCGGUGUCCAGGAAGCUGUCGUCCCGAGAGCAGAGGGACUGUGAGGUUAUCGAGAGACUCAUCAAGUCGUACUUCCUUAUCGUACGGAAGAACAUCCAGGACAGUGUACCGAAGGCAGUGAUGCACUUCCUGGUGAACCAUGUGAAGGACUGCCUGCAGAGUGAGCUGGUGGGUCAGUUAUACAAGGCGGCCCUGCUGGAAGACCUGCUGACAGAGUCCGAGGACAUGGCACAGAGACGCAACGAGGCUGCUGACAUGCUCAAGGCUCUGCAGAAAGCCAGCCAGGUCAUCGCAGAGAUCAGAGAAACCCACAUGUGGUGAGGAUGACGGGCUCUCUUCAGCAGCAGACUCUCUUCAUCCAACAUGGACCCUCAUCUCCCCUCCCCCCCCCAGCAGCCGCUGAGUCUCCCAACACUUCAGGCUGCAGAGACAAACAACCUGAAAAUGCACUGGUGUGGAUAUGUGUAUAUCGAAACAUAGUUUUAAUGUACAGGAAGGACUUGGAUGUAAUGAAGGGGCAGCACUUCUCAACAUCCGCAUCACAUGCUUCUGUCCUAGAGUUUUAUAUAAUUUUUUUUCUUAUGUAAUUAAAACAAUGAAAUAUAUAGAUAGUGUUAUGCAUCACCACUAUGUGAAGCCUUGCUGAGGAUUGACUCUGAACGUAGAUUUGAAUUAAAGCUAUCAAUGACGAAA